AUGGGUUUACGAGAUUUUACUCAAAAACAGUGGUUGACGAUAGUUGUAAUUGCAAUUGCUGACUUUUGUAACGCCAUAUGUGUAGCGCUACAGGCGCCAUUUUAUCCACUUGAGGCUGAGAAAAAAGGAUGCUCAGCAACCGAAUAUGGCCUCGUAUUCGGUGUGUUCGAGCUGGUGGUAUUCAUCGUCAGUCCAUUUUACGGAGCACACCUGAACAAGUUAGGGAUGAAGCUGCUGUUCAAUGGAGGGAUCCUUACCACAGGCACGUGUGCUAUAUUAUUCGGAAUGUUAGAUAAAGUGGAGGGCCAUGUUCCGUUCAUAACCCUGAGUUUUAUCAUCCGUAUCAUAGAGGCAAUGGGCAACGCCGCCUUCCUUACCGCCUCCUUUGCCAUAAUUGCUAAGGAGUUUCCUAACAACGUGGCUACAAUGUUUGCAUCUCUUGAGACCUUUUUCGGUCUAGGACUAAUAGUGGGCCCGACUCUAGGAGGCGCACUCUAUGCAGCCGGAGGCUACACUUUACCUUUUGCAGUUCUCGGUUCUGCGUUAUUUUGUGCUGCUGUCAUGAGCUGCAUCGUGCUGCCAAAAUACAACGAUGAUGAGGAUGUAAAACCGAGUGGACCCACAUUACUGUCGUUAAUGAAGGUGCCUGGCGUAGUUUUAUCAGCAAUAAGUAUUAUGUCUACCAGCGCAAGUAUUGGCUUCUUACAGGCGACGCUCGAACCGCAUUUACGUCAAUUUGAAUUCUCCCCAAUCAUUCUCGGUAUGAUGUUCGUAAUAAACGGCGCUGUGUACGCACUGUCAGCGCCUUGUUGGGGCUUCAUCUGUGACCAUCACUAUAUGAAGCCUAAAUACGUUAUCGCUUUGGGAUGUGCAUUCGUAUCGGCAGGAUUCCUGCUCAUUGGACCUGCGCCCUUCUUUGAUAUGCAUACGAUCCCGUGGGUGACAGUCGUCGGAUUAGUGCUCCACGGACUUGGCAUGGGCAGUCAACUAGUUGCGUCCUUUACUGAUGCUCUCAGUACUGCUAUUGCCAGCGGACUUCCUAACUCAAUAGAAACCUAUGGUCUAGUCUCUGGUAUGUGGACGUCUACAUUCGCAUUGGGUGCCUUCAUCGGGCCCACAGUAUCUGGUCUCCUAUUUGAUUCCGUCGGAUUCCGGAGCUCCACGCUAUUUAUAUUUAUUUUGCAUAUUUUUGUGGCUCUGCUCAUGAUUCUAUUCACUUGUACAUUUGAUCGUACGUACAAGAUGGACGUGUCAGUGUCUGCCGGCGAUCUGUUGCAGAUUGACGGGACCCUGGACGAAUCUGUUCUUAUCGGUGACAAGUUCCCACCGCCCAGGACGAGGGAAAAGAGCCGUCGCUACGGCAUCAGCGUGGAGAAGUCUCGCCCACCCGCAAUGAACAGCCUCAUAGCUUGCUCCAGCUACAAGAAUAGAGGAUCACCGUGGAGCCAGCGAACUCCUAAAUACAGACCUACUUAUGGAUCCCUCGAUACCAGAUAUGUUGGUGCAUAUAACAUGAAGGGUGGUGGCAGAAGUUAA